GAGCUGUGCAACUUUGGACAAGUUACCUAACCUCUCUGCGCUCCACAUUCUUCACCAAGAAGGCAGCAUGAGGAACAAAAGCAUCUACCUCAUAACGUGCGAACGUUAAAUGUUUCGAUACACCUGGGACACCGGGAACUGUCCCCCCCCCCCAACUCCCUGGCACACACUGGUAUUAAAUUCAACCCUGCAACAAAAUUGUUACUAUUUGACCAGAACGUUAUCUCAUGGAUCUCUCUGUUUCCUCCCUACCUCCGGGCUCCCUCCUUGCUCAUCCCUCUCUCUUUCUCCUUUUCUUCCCUCUUCCCUGCCACAGUGGUACAAUGACUUAGCCACGUUAGUUCAGUCCUGGCUCUCCCACUUACUUCCUCCAGCACUCUGGGAAUGUGGCUUAGCCUCUCUGGACCUCAGUUUUGCUCACCUGCGUAAUGGAGAUAAUAAUAGGACGGACUUUACCCGGUUGUGGGGAGCAUCAGGGGAGGCCAUGCGUGUAAUAUGGGUAACCAGGUGGCAAGCCCAUAAUUAGGCCUGUGAAAAUAGAAGCCGUGGGUGGGCCUGCUUUCAGAAGAAAACUGUCUCCCCAGGCCAAGGUCCUCACCACCGCCCGCGGCCCCGCCGGCCCCUCCAACCCGCCCCAGCGGACCAGGACAGCGACGCCGUUCGCAGCGCAUAACCCGGAUCCCGGCCAGAGCCGCGACGACACCCGCUAAGUGGGCUGCCUUGGGAGGUGGUGAGCAGCCUGUCACUGGGAGAAUCCAAACAGGGCGGCCAUGGAGGAACAUGUCUACUCAGCUCGGGUGCUGGGAGCCCGAUAGAUUUGGAAGAACGGGGACUCAGAGCAAGUAGAAUCCAGCACGAUGAAUCCUCACGGCCAGGGCGAGGGCAGGGGGCCCGGACCCACGGUGGGGAGUCAAGAGUUCCCAAACCUUCCCGGAAGGCGGCGGUGGUGCUGUGGGCAAGGGACCCAGAUGGCACUGUUGGGGCUGGUGACCGUCAUGCUGUGGGCCGGGCUGCUGACCCUGCUUCUCUUCUGGCACUGGGACGCUGUACAGAAUCUGAAACAGCUGGAAGAAACCGCUGCCCAGAACGUCUCCCAGGUUGCCAAGGACUUGGAAAGACACAGAGGGGACGAGAUGGCCCAGAAAUCCCGGGCUGCCCAGGUGUCACAGAACAUGGAGGAAAUCCAAGCUGAACAGAAAAGAAUGAAAGCUCAGGACUCUGAGCUCUCCCGGAACCUGGAUGGACUUCGUUCGGACCUGAGCAACCUCAAGUCCCAGAGCUUGAACGAGAGGCGCACAGCCUUGCACUCGUUGGAAAGGCUCCAGCAGGAGGUGGUAAAGCUGUGGGUUGAGCUCCACGUGUCCAACGCCCGGACCCCAAGAGUGACCCCAGGAGAGACGCUGCCACCCACCCUGCCUAUUGUCCCCACGGUGCCGGCCACGGCGCCGGCCACAGCGCCCGCCACGGCGCCGGCCACAACGUCCGCCACCGCGCUGGCCACAGCGCCUGCCACGGCGCCGGCCACAGCGCCCGCCACGGCGCCGGCCACAACGUCCGCCACCGCGCUGGCCACAGCGCCAGCCACGGCGCCGGCCACGUCCGUCACGGCGCCGGCCACAGAGCCCGCCACGCCCGCACCCCUGAGCCUCUCCUCCGCCCCAGGCUCCACGUGUAACACGUGCCCCGAGAACUGGGUCAACUUCCAGAGGAAAUGCUACUACUUCGGCGAGGGCGCCAAGAAGUGGAUCCAGGCCCGGUUUGCCUGCAGCAAACUGCAAGGGCGGCUGGUCAGCAUCCACAGCCAAGAGGAGCAGGACUUCCUGGCCAAACGCGCCAACAGGAAGGGCACCUGGAUUGGCCUUCGGGACCUGGACAUAGAGGGGGAGUUUAUCUGGAUGGAUGAGAACCCCCUGAACUACAGCAACUGGCGGCCGGGGGAACCCAACAACCAGGGCCAGGGCGAGGACUGUGUGAUGAUGCAGGGCUCCGGGCAGUGGAACGAUGCCUUCUGUGGCAGCCGGCUGGACGGCUGGGUGUGUGACCGGCUGGCCACAUGCUGACCGCCCCUCCCCCGCCACCUCGGCCCCCUCCCUGGGGUUCCCCGGGAGGUCCUUGGAGACGCAGACCCUGACGGCCCCCUGCCCACCUGCCAGGUGCACCCCUGCGUUGCUCCCCCAGCUCAGACACAGGAGCAGCCGGGCCCACGGCGGGGCCCGCAGCCGCGGCCUGGAUGCCUGUUUUGUGGCUAAGGCCCCAGCAUCCCUUUCUCCUGCCCAAGAGGAAGAAGGGCUGUUGACCCCUCCCCGGCUCCUGCCAAUGCCCCUGAGGGCCUGUCCCUUACUCCUCAGCCCAGCAGGCUGUCACCAUGUCCCUGCCUUCAAGGGCUCAGAGUACCCACCUCGAGAACUUUCCAGAGAGCUUCAGACCCCUGUGAGCUUCCUCUGUCGGGCCGCCCCGCAGUCUGCUGGAGUCAGGACCACACCCCCGCCCCACCCCUGGCCUCCUUAGAUGCAGCCCCCGUGCCUUAGCACCCCAGGGAGAGGUCCCCAGCUCAGGCAGCCAGUCCCCUUGCCCCCAGCCCAUGUC